UUUGCCAAUGGUCCGUUUUGACCGUCACGAAGCGGUUAUGUUUGGAGAUUUCUACAUCUACAUCAGAGACUUGCCAAACUUCACCAAGGUGCCUCUAAGCUACCAAUUACUGGAUGUAAUGUGGGAGCAAGAUCUUGGUAAUAACCAAUCUACUUUGUUUAUGGAUAAAAGCGGUCCAUUCUGCCAAGCGAUGUCUGACCUCAUCAAGCAACGUUCCCAGUAUGCUGGUAGCUUCGACCAAUGUAGUGUUCAAAGUUACAGUGAUACAGAUUUUGUGACCGUUAACUUCACGAUGGAUUAUUUCGAAGUGUUGGAUAUCCCGAUGAUACAGUCUGAAAUAUCAAACAUUAUCUAUAACUUUACACAAUCAGAACGAUACAAUAACUACGUUGGUUAUAGAGUCGAGGAUCUCAUUUUGUAUGACUCCAUUGCAACUUACUACAAAGUUCCAUACGAUGGAUGGAUAGCAAAUUUCACGUUCAAUUUGUUUGACUACAGUUCCUAUAAACCGACAUUAAUGAAUUCAUCUUCUGAGGACUUUAAAGAAAAGCAGAAAGCAUUUUGUGACGGAGAUUUAGUCAACAACUUUCAAGGGAUGAAUCCUGAGAUACUGGCAAGCCAAUACUAUGGUUCUAGACUCCUGAGAUGUUUUGUCCACAGCUACAAAUUUGAUGACCUGUCGUUAACGGACAAACUGACGUCCACCGUUUCAUUCCUGUUCCUGGGAAUUGAACCUAUUUUCGGCGAGGAGUUAAAAGAUAUCAUACGUAAUAAUUUUGUUAACAUUGCCGUCGGUACAGAAGAGGAUUACUAUUUCAUUGGUUAUGAUCUUGUACUCAUACGCGGGACAGACGAAAUCAAAGUUAACAUAAGUGAUUACGUUGUAGAUACGACGACAACAACUCCGAUGCCAGAAAUAGUCGACACACUUCCGAUGAGAUUUCCACUACUUAACUUCACCUUCAAUGAAGACUAUUUGGAUUCUUCCUCUGCACUUUACAAGAGCCAUCAAGAGUUGUUUUGUUAUAAUAUGAGUGUAUUACUCGGAAAAGGAGACAAUGAGCUUCCGAGAUUUGGCGGAUGUGGCAACAUGAACUUUACGACAGAAGGUGGCACACCGUAUUUGACGUUUGACCUGGCAUUCGUAGAUAAGAUUCAAGAUGCCCAGAGCACCGUUAACCUUAUUCUACAAGUGAUACGUGAGAAAGCCAAGAGGGACAAUAUUGUACCAACGGAACAGAACCCUGAUGUCACCGUUGCUAUUGUUAUUGGACCGUUUCUGGUGUACCAAGAUCUGCUGCAACCACAAAAAACAAACCCAAAUCUCUUCAGCAGCACACCACCGCCGCCGGUGUAGACACUUCAAAAGAGCAUCUAAACGGACGUAAGAAAGUAUCAUAACGCAGUCCUGUAAAUUAAUGAAAACGUUAACUCUCAUGUUGUGAAAAUAUUCCACUCAUUUGAUUAACAUCGUGACAUUUGUGAAGCUGUAUACAUGCCUGAUUUUUAAAACAGGACAUUUUAAUUCAUUGAUUUUUAAUACCUUUGUUUGCAAGUUUUUAAAAGUUCUAACCGUUAUUAAAACACAUUUUUUUUAUCUUUAUACUUAUGUAAACCACUGAGUGAUAUCUUGUUUUUGAUAUUUUUAGACUGUUUUGUUUGUUCGCCUUGUUACUUCAAAUGAAAAAUAUUAAAAUGAUAUUAUGCUCAUGUUCAAUUGAAUGAGAUAUGUUAUUCAAAAGAUUGACUAUCAUAAUAAUAAUUGAUAUCGAAAUAUGUUCGUGUUACAAUGUGAAAACGAUAUUUUUUUUCGUUGGUCAGCUGAAUUAUUGAUUUCUUUAUACAUAUACAUAAAGUUUAACACAAUUAUGGCAAAAUGUCAAGUUAUUUAGAUUUUUACCUGUUCACUGAUCAUUUCUACUCUGAUGGACAUAAUGUCAUUUAAUAAAAAUUUUCAAACAUGCA